AUGGCUGCCGAUCCUCGACUCGCAAGAGUAGACUCUGCGAACCCGGAAUCUACGCCGCCUCCCUCAGAACCGGCUCCUCCCACUACGUCGAACUCAACCGGUGAUGUAGUAGAAAAGCAGCAAGAUGGACCUACAUCUACAUCUACAUUUACAUCUUCAGACGAUAUACCCUUUAAGCUCAAGUUCUGCACUGUAUGCGCCUCUAAUCAAAACCGGUCCAUGGAAGCCCAUCUUCGCCUCUCUUCUGCACCUGCUAGUUAUCCCGUCAUCUCCUUUGGAACCGGCUCUUUAGUCCGUCUUCCUGGCCCAUCGAUCACCCAGCCCAAUGUCUAUAACUUCAAUACGACGUCAUAUGCGCAAAUGUAUGAUGAGCUGUAUGCCAAGGAUCAGAGACUCUAUCGCAACAAUGGACUCCUCAACAUGCUCGAGCGAAACAAGAAUCUUAAAUGGGGCCCCGAGAGAUUUCAGGACUGGGUACCUGGUAUGCCUCGCGUCGACCGCGUGGCGAAUGGUGACAAAGGAAGCGUGGGAACGGAAGGUGGUGUUGUUGAUGUCAUUAUCACCUGCGAAGAGCGAUGCUGGGACGCGGUCUUAGAUGACCUGAUGAACAAGGGAGCCCCCCUCAAUCGACCGGUACACGUCUUCAAUGUUGAUAUCAGGGAUAAUCACGAGGAGGCACUGCUGGGAGGCAAAGCCAUCCUCGACCUCGCGGAUCGACUCAAUGAAGCAGCCAACGAAGAGCGCCGACGGAACGGCACUGAAGGCUGGGACCACGGCACUGGCGAUGCCCGACGAAGCUUUGACGAGCGAGUACCAGAGAUCCUCGCUGAAUGGCAAGAGAAGUGGCCUAAUCUGCCAGCAUUGUGGACCUUAUCCUGGUUUUGA